GUCGCCGCCGCCACAUUUGUAACCUUUACAUGGUAUCAAAUAAAAAAGAAGGAUAUUACGAUUCUUUUCCACUCUAGACGCGGUCGACUAUAAAUUUGAAGAUAGCUGAAAUAUUCAAACAUUCUUGCGAAGGUUGUGAUACCAGCCAUACAAUGUAUCGUCUGGCCAUUUUCUCUGCAAUUGUAGCGUCUGCCUAUAGUGCUGCGGUAGGUGUAGGUGGAGCAGUAUCUGGAGGACAUGUUGUAGGUGGUGACGCAAGAGCUGCACAAAUUCUUCGUUUAGAAUCAGACAUUGAUCCAGAGGGAAAUUUCCAUUACGCAUAUGACACUGAGAAUGGAAUAUCAGCGAAUGAGGAGGGCACAUACAAACAACUAGGAGAAACAGGGGCUGUAGUCGCACAGGGAGGAUUUUCCUUCCAAUCGCCUGAAGGAGAACAAGUGCAGGUUCAAUACGUAGCCGAUGAAAACGGCUACCAACCCGUGGGUAGUCACUUGCCCACAGCUCCACCAGUACCUCCAGCGAUCCAGAGGUCCUUGGAUUACAUCGCUGCCCAUCCUCCUGCAGCCGUUGCAGAAACCAGGCCGCAGGUCUAUACCAGACCUCAGCCCUUCAGGAGGACAUAGGUCAUCUUUUAGUAAACAAAUUGGCAUUCUAGAAAGCCAUAUGGGAUUCCAUGAUUGAUAGAUAAUAAUUUCGUGUCGUAUUUGUUUGCUAGUCUGGUCUGCACAUGUGUCUCGCCUGUGCGUUUCCAUUAAAAAAUUAAAAUUUUCAUUCAUGUGAAGCUAAACAUGUUGUAGUUACUACUCAUGCAUUACGUUUUAUUUUUUAUCAAUAUGGAAACAAGGCUCCAUUUAUACAUGUCUUGUCACACUGAUAGUAUUUUAGACAGAAAAAUAUUGUCAAAUGUGGUCAAAUUAGAAUAAGCUGGAAUCAUUGUAUACUGUGUCACAACUUGAAACUAUAUAUUUAUAUGCUGUAUGCUGUGUAUCCAGUAUAUUGGAACUGGGAUCUACUAACUGACGUGUAUAUAUGCCUAAUGUAGAUAUUAUCUGUUUUGUGUAGUUAAUAAAAAAGCUGCUAUAUGAUA